AUGUCUCCAGCACUCUGCCUAUUCCAGAGACACAUCGCACACCAUGAUAUCAAAUUAGAAAACAUCCUAGUUGAUGAAGCAGGAAACGCAAAGAUUUGUGACUUUGGUAUGGCAAUUGAACUCACAGAGGGGCAGAUGUUGCAGGAGAUCUGUGGUUCCUUGCUCUACUGGGCUCCAGAGAUCUUGGCAAGAAAACCCUAUGAUGGACUGGCAGGUGACAUGUGGAGCUUGGGUAUUAUCCUAUAUGUCCUGGUCACAGGACACUUUCCAUACAUGGCAGAAACCCUUGAAGGUAUGCACAGGCUCAUCACCACCACAGUGUGUCCCAUUCCCUACCAUCUGUCAAAACCCUAUCAUAUCAUCAUUGUCCAACUACUCAUGGUCCCUAUCUGGUAUCGAUUCACAAUGUGUCAGCUUAUGGAAAGAACAUGGCUGGGCCCAAUUCAAGAAAAUGCACUGCUUGCCACCAAAGAAAUCCUGCCCAGGGUCAUGGAGACUAUGUGCAGCAUGGGCUAUACUUGUGAGGAGAUUGUGUCAUCCCUAACUCACAGGCGGAAGAUAAUGGCUACAUGUAACAUUCUCAAACACCAACUGAUUUGUGGGGACUGCCAUCAGCAAGAUCAGAUGCCCUGGUUAACUAGCAGCCCUGCAGGUCCUGUUUGUCCCCCUCUCCCCUUGAUGAGGAGAGCCAGUGAACCAGCAUUUACAACCAGUACACAAGCUGGCAAGAGUCACUUUAAGGAGGAGAGUGUGGAAGAAAGAGGUGAAAUAUGCAGAAGCCACACCAUGCCCCGCACAUACUCCUUCCCAGACAAGCAGCCCUGUUUAGACAACAGAGUCUCAGCCAAAGAUGUUCUUAUGGCUGAUGUCAUCAACACUGCUACAGAGGACAUUGCAGUCAACAGGAAUGCUAUUGACCCCCUGCCAGGCAAUCUCUCCUCCCCUGAAUCAAUCUUGGAUUCUACACCCACAGUAUUUCUGAACCUGGGCUUCUCUGAAGAAGAUUCAUCCCAGGAGCCAGACAUUUCCAGUGAAAAGCCCCAGGUGGCACCCACAACAUCUGGAUCCAGGCCAUUCAGGUACUGGAAACUGAUAAAGAAGCAAAUUUCCCAUGCACUGAGAGCACUGUGCUGCUGCUGCUGCUGCUGCUGCUGCCUGCCUGCCCACCCCAAGAAGAACUGUAGGAACUGUAAAUCCACUGGGAGCAGGGAGAAUGGAGAUAAGGGGGAAGAACAGGGAAAAAGAGGUGGAGAGGAUGAAGAGGAAAUGAGAGGACCUGUAGAGAGUGGGUAG